UCAUCAAAAUGUUGAGCCGAAUUGGUCAAAGCAGUGUUGAGAUAUCGUGGCACCCGUUUUUUGAAACUUCAAAUAGCUAUAACUCGGCAAAUAUACAACCAAAUGUGUUCAAAUUGAUUUUAUUGAUAGAUGAUAAUUAAAUGCCCAGAAAACAGAUUUAAAAAAAAGUUUAAGCGUGUGCUGAAACCAUCCUCUGCAAUUUUUGCCGAUUUACAUGUAUGUAACCCCUUAAGUAAAGGCAUGUUAAAUACAUCCAAAGGUAAGAAAUGCUGCAGAAAUAGCCGUACAGAACGCUCAGUAAAAUCGAGAUAUAACCGCAGUUUCUCCACGCACACCACGGUUGAAUUGAUAAAAAUAAUAAUAAUAAACAAAAACACAUAGAGCGAGGAUCGAAUCACCAAUUUUAAGAUUGGACCCCAACACGUUACCACUGCACUAUUGAACGCUUGAUGAUAAGAGGGAGAGUGCGUAAAGAUCAGAAUCACUAUCCAGAGCACGCUUUGUGCAAACAUUGACAUUUAAACUAAACUAAACAGACUUUUGACAACUCUAAACAAUCAGACUGUUGAUGCUAAUGAUGUCAAUGACUGCUAGGAACAAUAAAACAAGAAAGAAGAUGACCAAACUGAUUUGAGCCUGUUUCAACUUGAAUGACAAUGCCAGUGGAUGACAUCAAAAGAAAAUAUUAUAUUUUUUCAAACAUUCCAAUUAUUUUAAGAGUUAUCCUUAUAGUUUAAGGUGUGCUGUAGUACAGCAAACAGUGAAUAAGCCGAGUUUAGAGUCUACAAAAUGGAAAAUUAUCAUUAUUAUUAUCGAUAUAAGAGUCAAGAUUCUGAGUGAAAACAAACUCACCGUAGAAAAUAGUUGUAAGUUACACCGAAAGAAACAACCAGCUCUUACUGUUAUCGAUUUGCCGUUAGUUAGUGUCAUCAAAAGCAAAAUAUAACGUCUAAACUUUCGGUCCAGCCUGUACCACUCACAGGAGUACAGCGAAUUCGUCAAACGCUGGCCUUUGAGGAUAAUUUCGUUACCAUAAUAGCACGGAAGAUAAAUUUCCACCAUCAUCGAGCAAAGAUACAUGGCCGUGGCAAUGAUCAAGGGCUGGUUAUCUGGGGUUAUACUAAUCUGUUGAGAAAAGCGUUAGGUUCUACGGAAUAUAGAGUAAAUCGAGUUGUAACCUACAGUUGACAACCUAAAUGCGGUGGCACACAUCGUGAUUCCACUCACGCAAAACUGCACAAAAACCGGUGCCGAGUAGAUGCGUUCGACUUGUUUAGCAAAGCGACGAACCCGCUGGUAGUGUGUAAUGCAGCGACAAAACUCCCGUUGACGAUUGUCCCGGAACACGAUCCGGGACAGACCGGUGAAGCUUCGCUCAAGCUGUUCCAGCUGGAUUCCCACCGUGGCCAGCAUGUAAGCAAUUUGGAUGUCUCCAGCAACGUUCAGCAUGCAGUGGACGAUCAUCCCGAACACUUGGUAGUACGCUAUUAGGUAAUAGUUUAGGGGAUGAUCUGGACCGUACGGGAUUCCGAAGAACCAGGAGAAUGUCGGCAGUUUGUAGUUGCCUUGGAAAAUGUGGAUCGAUGUAGUGAAAGCUGUUAGUAUACUUAUGAUGAAAUAGGACAUCAGAAUUUGGUUUAAAUUUUGUAAAAUUAUUCGUUGUUUCCUUUCAUACAUCGGUGAAAAGUGUUCUGAAACUGAUAUGUUUAAUAGCUUGACGAUUUGUUCGAAGUUAUGAUAGGUGGAAACGGUUUUGACAAGCAUUGCAAAUUCUGUUAACAGAAUAAAAAGAUCAUCCUUCCAAAGCUGCUCACUGUUCUUCUUGAAGGCUCCGAUAACCAUGGAUAGUAGAUAUAAGUACAAGAAUGGGACCGUGAAGAUCCACCGAUACGUUCUGUACCAUGAUCUUUGGUUAUUUUCGCGCCAAAUUCCAAAGCAGCGGUAAAUCCACAAGGUUACCCUCACGGAUGUUAUUAAUGGUUUCGUAGAUUCCAUUCCGGAUCCGGUCGUAACGAGUUGUGAAGUACUAAUGAUAUUGGCUGAAAAUACGAGUCAAUUCCAGGAUCUUCAAAAGACAGAUUUUUAAUUGCAGACGAAGUUAAUUAAGGGGUACGAAAUCCUUGAUUGGUGUGAACAAAAUAAUUAGGCAUCACUGGAUCAAAUUUAUACAUUUGAAAAGUCACAUAGUAGAACAAGUUGUUUGGAGAAGCAGUCCAUCAAUCAUGGAACACUACUUUUCUUCGAUAAGUUUUAGUUUCAAAGUUCUCAAAAUAUUCGGACUUUGGCGUACCAACAAGGAACGUUACUCGUACAAAGUUUAUCGAAUGUUCUUCAUCUGCGUGUUUUUCAUGUUUUAUCUGGGAUCGAUAUUUGUCAGUGCACUGACAGUUAGUACUGUGGACGAAUUCUUCUCCGAAAUAUUGUACAUUGCACUGACGGAAAUCGUCAUGGCAUUUAAAACAUGUGCUGGCUUCUUCAAAUUCUACACCAUUAAGCAACUUCAUCAGCAAACGCAUUCGACGGAUUUUAAACCUUUGAAUGCCAAAGAAAGAAAGAUUUUCGACAAGUCUAUCACCAGAAUCAACAGAUACUUCUGGCUUCUACUGUGCAGCACGUGUACCGUUUGGUUUAACCUAUUGGCCCUGUUCAGCGGACAGUUUAAACUUCCAAUGUUUCCGUGGAUGUUGGGAAUUCCUUACGGGCGACAUCUGCCCUACAACUUUUACUUUCUUGCCGUCUACCAAACUACCGGAAUGUUCCUUCACGCGUUUAUCAACAUUAUUCACGACAUUCAAGUGUGUUACUUGCUGGAGGCAGGAUCCAUCCAGCUAAUGCUACUCGAAGAACGGUUCAGUACGACCCAGUCGAAACAAACUGGUCGACACAAUCAUCGAAAACUUUACAUCAAAUACAUGGAACAUUUCGUCAAGAUAACCAACUUUGUUAAACAAGUGGAAAGUGUAUGGUCCAAGGCAAUCUUCAGCCAGUUUUGUGCAAGCGGAAUAACGAUUUGUGCAAUUUCAUUCCGGUUGUCGUCGGUAAGUUUGAAAGUGUCCUUAGUAAUCAAACUUGAAAGGAUUUAACCCAUUUUAUUUGCUUUAGCUAAACUUCGCCCAAGA